AUGGUGUUGAUAAUCAUUCAAGAUAAGGGAGACACAGUUGAUGCUGAAAUGGGAUCUCAGGAGGAAGAUCUUGUUAUACAAGAUGAGAUCUAUAAAUCCCGUCUAGCAAGCAUUAAGCGCGAGGAAGAGGCCUUUUUGCGUGAGCGGGAUCGUUAUGAACUAGAAAAGGGAAGGCUGAUACGGGAAAUGAAACGUAUACGAGAUGAGGAUGGUUCUCGAUUUAACAAUUUUCAGGUCUUGAACCAUCGGUAUGCGCUUUUAAAUCUUCUUGGAAAGGGAGGGUUUAGCGAGGUCUAUAAGGCAUACGACUUGGUGGAGCAUAGAUAUGUUGCUUGUAAGCUUCAUGGUCUAAAUGCUCAAUGGAGCGAAGAUAAGAAGCAAAGUUACAUUAGACAUGCAAUUCGGGAGUACAAUAUUCACAAGACCUUAGUGCAUCAUCACAUUGUGAGGCUUUGGGACAUUUUUGAAAUUGACCAAAAUACUUUCUGCACUGUCUUAGAAUACUGUAGUGGUAAAGAUCUUGAUGCAGUUCUUAAAGCAACACCUAUACUGCCAGAAAGAGAAGCCAGGAUCGUUAUUGUUCAAAUAUUUCAAGGCCUUGUUUACUUGAACAAAAGAACACAAAAGAUAAUUCAUUAUGAUCUGAAGCCUGGAAAUGUUCUAUUUGAUGAGUUUGGUGUUGCUAAAGUGACUGACUUUGGACUUAGCAAGAUAGUAGAGGAUGAUGUUGGAUCGCAGGGCAUGGAACUCACAUCACAGGGAGCUGGAACAUAUUGGUAUUUGCCUCCAGAAUGCUUUGAGCUCAGCAAGACCCCCCUCAUAUCAUCAAAGGUUGAUGUUUGGUCAGCUGGUAUUCUGCUUUACCAAAUGCUUUUUGGUAGACGACCUUUUGGGCAUGACCAGUCACAAGAGCGAAUUUUACGUGAAGAUACUAUUAUCAAAGCUCGCAAAGUGGAAUUCCUUCCAGACCUGCUGUCUCAAAUGAAGCAAAGGUGGGUUCUUGCAUUAGCUUGCUGCUACUUCUGCUGCAGGUGGAUGUAA